AAAAAAAACAUCUGAGCGGAAGUUUAAAUAGAUCCUCCAUCAUUAUAAACCCUUUUCAUUCUUUUUUUUUCUUCUUUUCUCUUUCUCUUUAUCAUGUCUUCAAACUCUUCUGCUGCCUUAAUAAAGUUCACUCAAUUGACGACUCAUGUGUUGGAUAGUCGUUAUCUCAAGCAUAUUAAAAACAUUGUGUUUGUCUGUGUCUUGUUCAACUAUUGGUCAAAGCUAUACAAUCAUGUCUUGGUAGGUGGUCCUUCUCGAGCCUUGAUGGACCUCAAGGCACACAUUCUGAAGAUGGUAUUCAAACAACUACGCCGUAUUCCUGCUGUUCAAGAGAAAAUCAAUAAGGAAUUAGGAUCUGUCUUGACAGAGAUGGAACAAUCCAUGAUGUCGAAAGAAGUCGGACUUGAUCAUCAUACUGUACUGCCCUCCAAAGGUUUGACCGAGGAACAAGUUAUGGCAUCCCUGAAAAAAUUCCACUCCCUUAAGGCUGCUGACUGGGCAGGAGGAAAAGUGUCUGGUUCGAUUUACCAUGGAGGUGAAGACUUGACUCGUAUUUUGGCUGAAGCCUACAAGAUCUUUGCUAUUGCAAAUCCUCUUCAUCCCGAAAUCUUCCCUGGCAUUCGUCGUAUGGAAGCUGAAUCAGUAGCCAUGGUGCUCAACAUGUAUCAUGCACCCGCUACAGGCUGUGGUACCAUGACAAGUGGCGGCACAGAAAGUAUUUUAAUGGCCUGUAAAACGUAUCGUGACAUGUAUAAAGACCUGAAGAGUAUUCAUCACCCUGAAAUGGUUGUUCCUGAAACUAUUCAUGCGGCCUUUAUGAAGGCAGCUUAUUAUUUCAAAAUCAAACUUGUUACUGUUCCUAUUGACCCAGUAACAUUGAAAGUGGAUAUCAAGAAACUAGAAAGAGCUAUCACAAAGAACACAGUGAUGAUUGCAGGUUCAGCAGUGAACUUCCCUCAUGGUAUUGCGGAUGACAUUGUUGCAUUGGGUAAAAUAGCCAAAAAAUAUAACAUUGGCCUUCAUGUGGACUGCUGUCUCGGCAGUUUUAUUAUGCCUUUCCUUGAAAAGGCUGGUUUCCCUACGACGGAUUUUGAUUUCCGUGUUGAAGGUGUCACUUCUAUUUCUUGUGAUACACACAAGUAUGGAUUUGCAGCCAAAGGUUCUUCUAUUAUCAUGUAUCGCAACAGUCAAAUCAGAAAAUACCAAUACUUUUUGUACUCUCAAUGGACAGGUGGCAUUUAUGCUUCCCCUAGUAUUGCUGGCUCACGUCCUGGUGCUCUUAUUGCAGGCUGUUGGGCUGCUCUUAUGCAUAUGGGCCAUGAUGGUUAUCUUGAUGCCUGUAAGAAAAUAAUUGGUGCUCGUCGCAUCAUGGAAGCUGGUGUGCGUUCCAUUCCUCAACUCCAUGUCAAGGGUGAACCCAUUGGCCCUGUGCUUGCCUUUGGUGCGAAUGAACCACUCAACAUUUACGAUGUAGGCGAUAAACUCUCCGCCCGUGGAUGGAAUCUAAGCGCACUUCAAAACCCUUCUGGUCUCCAUAUCUCGGUCACUUUACCUUGGGCCAAGAGUGCUGAAUUGUUUGUUCAAGAUUUGAAAGCAUGUGUUCAGGGCCUUGUGGAAGAUCCUUCUUCUGGCAGUGGUUCUACUGCUGCUAUUUAUGGUACAGCUGCUAGUGUUCCUGAUAAAACUAUUGUGGAUGAUGUAGCUGCUGGUUUCUUGGAUUUACUCUACAAGGCUUAAUGACAAUUUAUAAAUAAAAGAGAACAAUGAUUUAUUCGAUCA